AUUUACAUGCAAUGGGUUAUCAUUAUCAAAGCCCCUUAUUUAUUCUCUUAUAACUCUUUUAUGAUUCGUUAUAAUAUUUUAAUUAUAUCAACAAUGAUUGGUCAAUUGUUGAAUAUUCAUUUUUUAUUGUAACAUUGAGAUGCUUAUAAAACAGCUCACAACAAAUUAUCAUCCAACAUUUGUCAGUGAUCAGUUUGCAAUAUAACAUCGAAGCUAAUAACAUAAAUAUUUUUAAAUAAAUUAAAUUAAUUAAUAUACUGUUUAUAAAUAAUAAAUAAUUUUUCAAUAAUAAUUAUGCCUUUCCAAAAAGUCAUGAACGGAUAUGGACCACUUGCUAGACCUGCUGAAAAUGAGUUUCUUCAUACUGCAGUUAAACAUGCCAACCACUCAUCAUAUAGUUUUGAAACACUUCAAGAGUCAGCAAAAUAUCUUUUUGAUCGAACUACAAUUCGACCUAAAAUUGGAAUAAUUUGUGGUUCUGGAAUGGCAGGUGAAUCUGAAGAAAAUGAGUUGUGUCCAGGUUCAAUUGCUGAUUCACUGUCAGAGAAAAAAAUAUUUCCAUAUGAAGAAAUUCCACAUUUUCCAAAAUCAACAGUCAAGGGUCAUGUUGGUCAAUUAGUUUUUGGAUAUCUCGAGGGAGUUCCUGUGAUGUGCAUGCAGGGCAGAUUCCACUACUACGAAGGCUAUCCAUUAUGGAAGUGUUCAAUGCCGGUUAGGGUGAUGAAACUUGUGGGUGUUACCCAUUUGAUUGCUACGAAUGCUGCUGGUGGUCUCAAUCCUAAAUACAAGGUUGGUGACAUUAUGAUGGUGAGAGAUCAUGUGAAUAUGAUGGGAUUUGCAGGCAAUAAUCCACUCCAAGGACCCAAUGACGACAGAUUUGGUCCACGUUUUCCACCAAUGAACAAAGCUUACAAUAAACAACUUCUUGAAGUUGGAACUCAAGUUGCUGAAGAAAUGGGUAUUUCUGAUAUAAUUCACAAGGGUGUUUAUACAUGUCUUGGAGGACCAAAUUUUGAAACAGUUGCUGAAUUAAAAAUGCUAAGUAUGGUUGGAGUUGAUGCUGUUGGUAUGUCAACUGUUCAUGAAGUUAUAACAGCACGUCACUGUGAUCUUCAAGUAUUUGCCUUCAGUUUGAUAACAAAUCAAUGUGUUUGUGAUUAUGAUUGUCAUGAAGAAGCUAAUCAUGAAGAAGUUAUGGAUGUUGGUAAAUCAAGACAACCAAUACUUCAAGAAUUUUUAAUACGAAUUAUUCAACAUUUGAAGAAACACGAUUUUGAACUUAAUCGACAACAAUGAAUAUAUACACUAAAUUUUCAAUCAAUAAUAAUUUAUCAAAAUUUUAAAAUAAUAUUACUUUUUGGCUUUGGUUUUUUAUUUAAUAUUAAAAAUAGAGAAUAUGACUGUUGCUUAAAAAAUAGGGAAAAAAAAAACAUUUGUAAAAACAAUUUGUCAUCAGCUGUAAAAAAAUAGAAGUAUUUUUUUUUUUUAAUUUUAUUUUUCUCUUUCAAAUAAGAAAUACGUCACGUAAAAAUUUUUUUAUUAUAAAUUUUUACUAAAUCGUAAUGCCCAUUGAAUUUGCAUUAUACAUAGUUGCUUGAAUUUCAAAGGUUCUUUUUUGGCAUUCAAGUUGACCUGAAUUAAAUUAUUUCAUCGGCAUUUAUAAGCAACUUUUUUUUAUUUCUUUCAUUCAAUUUUUUUUUUAAUUCUUAUAUUCAUGCUCUUUUCUCAAUGCAAGAUUUACAAUCUAAAAAGGCAAAAUUCACGUAAAUCGUAUUUAAUUUAACGCAUGACCAAAUUGUUGCAAAUGAAAAUAGAAAAAAAAAAAAAAAGAAACGUAUCUCAGUGAGUUAAGUUUUUUUAACUUGAAAAAUCCGUAGAAAAGACUCUUGAAAUUAUCACCUUCGAUCCUUGAAAUCUCACUUUGCAAUUCUUUUUAUUUUAUUUUUUAUAUUCUCUAUUUCUACUUCAAAUUCAACCUAUACUCAAUGGCCAACGACGAGGAAAGCAAUAACGAUGGGUAGCUUCGUGGUGAAACGAAUUCGCUAUCCGUUAUGUUUAAAGUCGCGUCGUCUUAUCUCAAUUCAAGGGUCUCCUCACAAAACCCCUUUUUUCGAUGGUGUUUUUUUUUUGCUUUUAUUUAUUUAUUUUUUUUUCUUCACGUAAAAGCGACGAUGCUAUUCGAUCAUUCAUUUGAUUCGGUGCACGUACAUUGCAAGGUAGUAAAAAAUGAAACUGGCUAAAAGCCUGAUGGCUUGCAUCACCAACACGUCUUUAAAAAAAAUAAAAUAUAAAAAUAAAUAAAAACUUUAUUUGUACCAAUUUUUAUAAAAAAAAAAACACACACACACAACUUGAAUUAUUUAUAUUUAAAUUAUAAAAUUAUUAUUUAUCAAAAUUUAUUUUUUUAACUUGAAUUAAAUUAAAUUUCCAAUUUGUUUUUUUUUUAUAAAAGAAAAAUCUUUGGUGUAGUUGAUUUAUUUUCACAAAUAGUGGCUAUGAUUUGAAAGCUCUUUUUAUAUUUAAUAUUAUUUUUAUAAUUAUUUUGUUAUUAAUUAUUUGUUAUAAAAAGUACAUAGCUAUUUAUUUAAUUUUUAAUGAUUGAAGUUGAAAUAAUUGAUAGAAUAAAAAAUAUGUACUCUAUGCCACUUUUGAAAAUUACAGGAAACGAACAUUUCUAAAAGUAACAUGAGAAGUUUAAUUUUGUUAUUUUCGUCUUGGUAUAUACCACACCUUUUUCCGUUUGGAUUAAUGCUCUUCUGAUGUAUGUUUUUCUUUUUUUUUUGUUCUUAUAAAUUUAACUGGAUCCUUGAAGCCUAACACCUAACUUUUUACUUUAUUUUUCUCAUACAAUUCACUUUCAUUUCCCCUCAAUUUUUUCAAUCUUCAACCCUUUCUUUUAUUAUCACCCUCGACCGUGCCUUUUUUUUCUCAACACUUUCCGGCCUUGACGCCGGUCGUUAUUACACUUUGAAUUAAAUUAUGUUUUGACAGGCUGAAAAAACUUAUCUAACU